UGAUUCUGUGAUUCUCUGUGCAGUGCUGAUUUAUGACCAGUGAUUAAGUGAGACUGAAUCGUAAACGUUUUUGUGCAACUACAAAUUAAUGUGUUUAAUUAAUUAAUUAUGUUAGAUGUUAGAACACAUUUUAGUUUGGUUUGUAUCCGUACAUAGCUGUUACCUCAACGUGAGCUGGCAGUGUCCACUCACAGUCCAGAAAGCCAACUGUAUCCUGGGCAGCGUCAAAAGAAGCGUGACCAGCAGGAGGCGAUUCUGCUCCUCUACUCUGCUCUCAUGAGACCUCACCUGAAGUACUGCAUUCAGUUCUGGAGCCCUCAGCGUGGGAAGGACAUGGAUUUGUUAGAGCGAGUCCAGAGGAGGGCCACAAAGAUGACCAGAGGGCUGAAAAGCAUCCCAUGCGUGGACAGGCUGAGAAAGUUGUGGUUCUUCAUGCUAGAGAAGGGAAGGCUCCUGAGAGACCUUAUAGCAGUCUUCCAUUACUUAAAGGGGGUUACAGGAAAGCUGGUGGAGGGCUUUUUAUCAAGGAGUGCAGUGACAGAACAAAUAGUAAUGGUUUUAAGAUGAAAGAGGAGGCGUUUAGAUAAGAUAUUAGGAAUAAGUUUUUUACUGUGGUUUGAUAAGGCUUUGAACAACCUGAUGCAGUGGAAGGUGUCCCUGCCCAUGGCAGCUGGGUUGAAACGGGAUGAAGUUCAACCCAUUACACGAAUCUAUGAUCACAUACUAGGUAGCUGCCUUUAUCACACUUAUUACAAAUAUCUAAUCACUUUAAGCAGUAUAUAACAUGGCGGGGGGUGGGGGUGGAAGAAGUUUUGUACCACAGAGCCUGAAAUGAAAAUAGAAGAAGAUGCAGAUAAGCAGAUCAAAGGUACAGGGAGACAAGAAGUGUCCAGUUUGAACACCUUGCUUCAUUAGUUACAGGCUUACUGGAAAAUAUUUCUGUGAGAACAGUAAUAUAAUCAGAGGCUGACAAACAAUUGGUUUGUCUAUAGAGAAGCAAAGGUUACCAUUCCACCAGAUAAAUUUAGUUAGUUAAUAUCUUUCUCCUGAAAAAAUUAGAGGUUCCUGCACCAUCUUCUCCUCAUCACCACCAGACUUGCUUAAAAUAGGUAAUGCCAUAUUGUGUUUAAAAUAAAAUAGAGAAUGUAGUAGGUAAAAAUUGGCAAUUUUCCUUUAGGCAGUCUUUCUCACUUUUCUGCCUUGCAGAAGCAGUGGAGUUGUGCAUAUUCUUUUUCCCAAAGAAUAUAUAGCUAUGCAGCUGUCAGUCAGUCUCUGUCAAGAACCAUUUGUGUGAUCUGGUCUUCAAAUUUGAAAUUUGUCUUUUGUGGCAAUAGGUCUGCUUACAUAAUGGAGUAGUACUUUGGAGCAUAAGAGGGGUUAUUCCUUAAAUUUGUGUUGCUUCAAAAUAUAAGUAAGUACCUACAGAAUCUCUAAAUUUCUUCCUUUUAAUAUUCAGUUAUGGAUGAUGAGUCAGUACCAUAUUUGCUGGGCCAAGGAACCACUAAAACAUAUCAAAUACCCAUCAGUCAUCUGGACUACAAGUUCAUUGAAAAGUGCAGAGAUGUUAAACACCUGGAAAAGAUUCUCAGGGUAUUAAGGUCUGGUGAGGAGGGAUGUUACCCUGAACUUACGUUGUGUUGUGAAAAGCGUAUUGAGCAUUUAGAUCCAAUGAGCAAAGCUCUGAGAAAAGAUAAGCCUGCAGCCACAGCUUCUGAUUUCACAGCUGAAGAAUGGGAAGCAAUUAACGGUGAACUGAUGAGUUGGCUGACAGAAAUGAACGAAGGUGAUAAGAAACCACAGUUCCCGAGAACAGACACGCUGUGUGAAAGACAGGAUAACUUGCCUCCUAUUCGUUGUUCAAGCAGCUGUCUUCCUGCUAAUCAGAACAAAAAGUUACAAAACAAAGAAACAAACAAGAAAAACAUACCGAGGGAUUACAGUGAAUGGGACAAGUUUGAUGUGGAAAAAGAGUGUUAUAAAAUUGAUGAAGGCUGUGAAGAAAAUAACUCAAAAGCAAGAUUUAAUAGGCCAAGUCUACCUGUAAUCGAGAAGAAAAUAGACACAACUGGCAUGACAAAGAAAGACAAGAUUUUUAUUGCCACUCGUGAAAAAGAAAAGGGCAACGAAGCCUUUGCGACUGGCGAUUAUGUGGAAGCAGUGACAUAUUAUGCUCGGAGUAUAUCUGUAAUACCCACUGCAGCUGCAUAUAAUAACAAAGCUCAAGCUGAAAUCAAGCUUAAGGACUGGGAUAGUGCUUUGCAGGAUUGUGAGAAGGUACUGGAUAUGGAACCCGGCAACAUAAAAGAAAUUGUUCCAGUCAGAGGAGAGGCGGGUACCAAGAAGGCUGUGAUGGGGAACGCACAGAGAAAGUUUCACAGCAAGGGAGGUGGCAGUAAGGCAGAGGACAGAGAGACACAGAAGCAGAAGGAAUCCACUGAGAGCAGGUUAAAAAAAGGCACAUCAGAAAAGAAACCACAAAAGAAGUUGUCAGACCAUGAAGGUGAAGUUAAUGGCUAUUUACACAGUGAGCAAAAAAGUGAAAGCCCUGAAGCUGAGAAGAUCUCCGAGUCGCAUGGAGCAGGGUCUCAGUCGGCUGACAGUGGCAGUUCACUUCCUCCCAUUGCAGCAAAACUAAAAAGUGAAGGAAAUGAGUUAUUUAAGAGUGGACAGUUUGGAGAAGCUGUGCUCAAAUACUCAGAAGCAAUUGAAUAUGUCAUCAGUCUGGGAGAACAAAGUCCAGCUGAUUUAAGUAUCUUGUACUCAAACAGAGCGGCGUGUUACCUCAAAGAAGGCAGCUGCAGUGACUGCAUUCAGGAUUGUAACAGAGCUCUGGAGCUUCAGCCAUUUUCUCUUAAGCCUCUUCUACGACGAGCAAUGGCAAAUGAGUCAAUGGAGCGGUAUCGACAGGCAUAUGUUGAUUAUAAAACCAUUCUACAAAUAGACAGCAGCAUCCAAGCAGCAAAUGAUAGUGUUAAUAGAAUAACGAAGACUUUAAUAGAUCAGGAUGGUCCCAGUUGGAGAGAGAAGCUGCCACCAAUUCCAGUUGUCCCGGUUGCUGCUCAGCUACACAGGUGGGAUGGAGGAAACUUUACUUCAGAGAAUAGGCCAAGAAGUACAGAUAUCAACAGAGAAGAACAGCUACAGAUGAAUCGUGAGGAAGCCGAGGAGAAGUUCAAGACAUUAAAAAAUGAAGGGAAUGAUUUUGUAAAAAAGGGUAAAUAUGAAGAAGCUGUAAAAAAAUACAGCGAAUGCAUGAAGUUAAAUACGAAGGAAUGUGCGAUCUACACUAACAGAGCUCUCUGUUACUUGAAACUGUAUAAAUAUGAAGAGGCUAAGCAGGAUUGUGAUCAUGUUCUUCAAAUAGAAGAUUCUAAUAUUAAAGCUUUUUAUAGAAGAGCACUAGCGUACAAAGGAUUACAGAAUUACCAAGCCAGUAUCGAUGAUUUCAACAGAGUACUUCUAAUAGAUCCAGAUGUUCUUGAAGCGAGAAAGGAACUGGAGGAGGUAACACAGCUGCUUAACCUUGACAGCAGUGCUGUAGCUGGCAGUCAACAAAAGCAAAGGAAGAAAAUAACCAUACAGGAGGUGACUGAAUCUGAUGAACGGGAAGAGAGGCAGUUUUCUACAUCAGAAGAUAUUGCAGCUGACCAUGUUACUUCUAAGGAAGCAGUUCAGGGGAGUGUGCCACCGAAGACCUUGGAGAAACUGCGUUUUUCUGAACCAGAUAACGCUUACGACUUUGGUCAGAUUAUAAAUGCAGUGAAUGCCAAUAAGGAUAAAGCCGCUUGUGCAGAUCUUUUAACAAUGAUUGAUCCAAAACAAUUGCCAGUGCUGCUAAGUAACAAACUUGAAGGAGAAAUCUUUUUGAUUUUUAUCCAGUCGUUGGAGUAUUAUGUAGUUGGAAAAGAUCCUGGCCUUGUGUAUCAGCACCUUUUCUACUUGAGCAAAGCAGAAAGAUUUAAGGUGGUACUGGCUCUUCUUAGCAAAAAUGAGAAAGAACAUGUUCAGCAACUGUUUGACUUGCUUGCAGAAAAACGGAAUCAUCAGUACUCUUCGGGAGAUCUGAAGAGCCUUAGAAAGGUUUAUGAACUUUAAGAAGUUAAAAUUUAUUGGUUGCAUGCAUACGGUUCAUGUUUAUAAGAUGGAUGUACAAACUCUGCAGACCUGCAUGGGUUGAAGUGGGUCUUUACCCGAACUGUUUGAAUUCUGUUUUCUUUUGACAGCAUAUGCACAUUUAAAACUUGCUGCUGUUUUUCUCUUGUAGCUGUAUACAUUUUUAAUCUUUAGAAUUUAAUUCAUGUCUUUGAGUUCAUGUUAUUUGGAUUUUUUAGACUGUUAAUUAUAGGUAAAGCAUAUAUUUUACAUUAUAUAUAUAUAAUGUGAAAUAUUUUGGUAUGAGAGUGGAUACACUUUUAUUCAUCCCUUGAUAUGUUUUACCAGUUAUAUGUUUUUGUGAUAAAGAAGUGUCUUCAAGUUAGACAGGUCAGUUGGCAGUAGUUUUGCUAAAAUGGGUUUACAGAAAGUAUUGACACUUUUCGGAUAAACUGCUCCAGGGCAUCUGUUUCUUCACUGUCCCUGCUCGAUACAGAACAGAUUUAAAUAUUUUUGGUGCAACACAGCUUAGCAGCAAAUGGGAAUGAAUAGAGUGUUAGCUUGGCAUGGAACACAUUGAAACAAAAUAAUUGUUAAAUAAAUGGGUAAUUUUUUUUAAUCGAUUACAAGUGAGUAAUUUUUAGUGCAUAGGGAAUUAUUUUUCUCUGUGUGGGUGGAAGAACUGGUUUGUGCAGCUUUUGAAGUGACAGUGGUUAAACAGGAGAGCAAGCAGCUGCACUUGGCAAUAAAAAUAUUUAACUCUGAGUUUUGUAAUCCGAUCAUUUAAGACACCAGCUAUUUCUGUUUACAGACAUAUCCAUAAAGUUAAAAGUAAAACCAUUUUGUGGACCAGUAAGUUUUUUUUUUUUAAUCUCAGGCAGUAAUUAUGUUUUAUAUUUGAUUCUGUAAAGGCUCCAUUUUUCAAUAUGAAGCUUUUAAAUUUUUCAAAUACCCCAAUGCCUUCUUUGCACGUGAUAUAAAUGUGUGUCAAACUCACUAGCACUGCAGAAAUAUCGUUAAGAAUGUUGUUCUAAUGAACAUCUUUCUCAGGUGUGCAUUAACUAAAAAUAAAAGUUUUUUUCUUGACAAG